AUGGGUACGACAAAGGCCGUACCCCAAGAUGCCGUAUUCCUUCUCAAGCACUAUGUCUCGGCUGUAAUUAGCCUGAUGACCCCCCUUCGACACUCCAAAACCCCCUGGCACGUCCUUUUUAUACCUCAUACCAAGAGCUGCCUCGCUGGCUUGGCUCUAGGCGAUGGCAUGAGUGAUGCCAGUUUGUGUGCAUUCUACGGAACAUUAGCUAUAAGUGCAUUCAGCCUUGGAGGAGUCUCUCGAUCCCAAAUCUGGAGCGAAAAAGCCAUAAUUUACAAACAGAAAGCGCAGCAACAUGCAAGAAUGAUGCUCAUGACCGCCUACAAUGUUCCCAAGGUUGCCAAGUACAAGUCAAUCUUGAUGGCAUUGCUUACCAUGGUCCAAGUGACAAUGUUCUCGGGGAACCGAAGGCAAUCGGAAUAUUAUUUUCUGGAAGCAGAAAAGUUCAUUCGUUUAAGAGGACUUCCGCGCAAAAAGUCUCGAAAAGUGCGGUUACUACAUCACUGCUAUGUAUUUGAGCGUAUCAUCCAUGAGAGCGUCUUCAUUUGUGGAGCGAACUCAAGACAGCGUCAUCGCGUUCACGCGGCCAUCGAAACAAGCGGGUUAGGAAACUACAGCCUUGACAGCCUAUCAUUUCGUCUAUCGGGUUGGAAGAAUUUGGAUCAAGAAAUGAUGAGAGUGCGCGGACAGGAGGAAGGCGAGAAUGAUCUGCACCUUGAAAGACCUGGCUUCUGGUCUAACACUCUUUACCCGGAGAUAUUUGGUAUCCCUGAGCCUUGGGUUGUUCUUCUAUCUCAGAUUGUUCGACUGGGGAAAGAAAAGGAUGCCGCAGAAGGGGAUGAUGCAUCAAGCUGCAUCGGCCUGAAAGAGUUCAUCGGCCGGGCGAAGACUCUCGAGGACUACAUCAACAACCUGCCACUACUCAGCCUGGCGAAUAUCCACUCUGAACUAGACCAUGAAAUCAUAGAAAAUAUGCUCAAUGCCAUGCAGAAUGCACUGGCAAUAUACUUCUACCGUCGAAUCCACGAUGUGGAUGCUUCGUUGCUACAGCAAAAGGUCAUGCGCGUGAUGGAUCAUCUACUACGCUGCGAGGACACAGACUCAACUGUGGUACAUGGCUCGGCAGGGUUUAUCUGGCCUGCGUUUAUUGCAGCCUGUGAAGCCGAGGAUCUAUCGGUUCAGGUAUCAUUCUCUGAUUGGUUUGUGAAUUCGGCACGCCGCAGUGGCUUGUCAUGCUUUACUGAGACAUUGGCUAAUAUUCAGCGAAUCUGGCAAGAGAAGACUUGUGCGAAUGGGAAGAGUAUAACUUGGUUGGAUCUCAUGAAAAGCACUAUGCCAUUACAACCACUGUGUUGA